GGGUCACUGUGGUGAAAGAGCUCGCAUUUCCGGAAGCCCUUGAACGUAGCGGGAGUCCUCCCAGUCAGAUCUGGCUGAACGUGACGCGCCGACUCGGAGCCGAGAGGUUUCCUGGCGGAGCUGCGGAGGGAGCGGGAGCCUGGCGGUUCUGUCUGUCUGCCCGAGACACUAAACCAUCUUUUUGUCCCUCGGUUUCCGCGUUCUGGGGGAGAGCCUCGCCGAUCAUGGCUCCAUCGCUGUCCUCCGUUCGGCUCUGAGGGACGCUGGAUGCUGCUACAGUAACCGUGUUGGAGGGAACCGGGAGAAAGAAGCAAGGGGGCAUCCCUUUUGAGCCUUCGACUACCAGGUGAAGAAGAAAAAAACACAACAACAGCGACAUCAACAAAACGGAUGGCUGACUCACUCCUGGAGCGCCUGAACUCAGACGAGGUGUAAGGAGAACUGAGACGGGGAGGGAGAGGCAGAGGAGGGGAAGAGAGAGGGAUUGUGGGACAGGAGGACGGAAAGAGUCGAGAUCGCACAGCUCAGCAGGUGGAGCAGUCGGAGGCGACGGAGCAGGGAGGUGGGCCGCUGGAGCCGUCAGACGGACAGACGUCCUGCUGUCAAAACGCUGCCCCGUCACCGUCAGCACACUGGGAGAACUGGGAGAACCGGCGUUGAGGAGAAGCCACCAUGAGCGACCAGAACGUCGUCAAGGAAGGCUGGGUCCAGAAAAGAGGAGAGUACAUCAAGAACUGGCGACCGCGCUACUUCCUACUGAAGACAGACGGCUCUUUCAUCGGAUACAAGGACAAACCGCAGGACUCGGACUUGGCCUAUCCGCUCAACAACUUCUCCGUAGCGAAAUGUCAGCUGAUGAAGACGGAACGGCCCAAGCCCAACACCUUCAUCAUCCGCUGUCUGCAGUGGACCACCGUCAUCGAGAGGACUUUCCAUGUCGACACGCCCGAUGAGAGGGACGAGUGGGCCGAGGCGAUCCAGAUGGUAGCAGAGUCUCUGGCUAAGCAGGAGGAGGAGGGCAUCCUGUGCAGCCCCACCUCCCAAAUCGAGAACGUCAACGAGGAGGAGAUGGACACCUCCAUUAGUCACUACAAACGAAAGACAAUGAACGACUUCGACUAUCUGAAGCUUCUGGGCAAAGGCACGUUUGGGAAAGUCAUUCUUGUGAGGGAGAAGGCCAGCGGCACCUACUACGCCAUGAAGAUUCUCAAGAAGGAAGUCAUUAUAGCCAAGGAUGAAGUUGCUCACACGCUCACAGAAAGUAGGGUAUUAAAAAACACUCGGCAUCCAUUCCUAACGUCUCUGAAGUACUCAUUCCAGACCAAGGACCGACUGUGCUUUGUCAUGGAGUACGUCAACGGAGGAGAGCUUUUUUUUCACUUGUCCAGAGAACGAGUGUUCUCAGAAGAUCGCACCCGUUUCUACGGAGCUGAGAUCGUCUCUGCUUUAGACUACCUGCAUUCGGCCAAGAUCGUGUAUCGUGAUCUGAAGCUGGAAAACCUCAUGUUAGACAAAGACGGCCACAUCAAGAUCACCGAUUUCGGCCUCUGUAAAGAAGGCAUCACAGAUACCGCCACCAUGAAGACGUUCUGUGGAACACCGGAGUACCUGGCUCCAGAGGUUCUGGAGGACAACGACUACGGCCGAGCGGUGGACUGGUGGGGGUUGGGCGUGGUGACGUAUGAGAUGAUGUGCGGCCGCCUGCCGUUCUACAACCAGGACCACGAGAAGCUGUUUGAGCUCAUCCUGAUGGAGGAGAUCAAGUUCCCGCGGACGCUGUCGGCCGACGCCAAAUCACUGCUGUCGGGGCUGCUCAUCAAGGAUCCCAACAAACGGCUGGGCGGCGGACCGGAUGACGCUAAGGAGAUCAUGCGGCACAGUUUUUUCAGCACGAUCGACUGGCAGGACGUCUACGAUAAGAAGUUGGUUCCACCGUUCCAGCCGCAGGUCUCCUCAGAGACGGACACGCGCUACUUUGAUGAAGAGUUCACAGCACAGACCAUCACCAUCACUCCGCCAGAGAAAUACGACGAGGACGGGAUGGAUGCAGCAGACAACGAGCGAAGGCCUCAUUUCCCACAAUUCUCCUACUCAGCCAGCGGGCGGGAGUGAGCGCCCCGGCCCGGCCAGAAGCCUCUCAUUUCGUGGCCAUUUUGAGGAAAACACGUAGCCAUUCUAGGAAGAAAAGAAAAAAAGAAAAGAAAAAAAAACAGUCUCCCCUCUUUCUCCUCAUCUGCCGCCCUGCAGAUGAGGAGACGUCUUUUUAGGGACUUUAAAAGAGGUUUUUGCACAGUGGGAUAGACUCCAGCCGGUUUCCCCACACUAAAGAAAAAAAAAACAAGAUACAAAAGAAAAAAAAGUGUCUCCUACAUUUCCAGCCCUCUUUACUGCAGAAGGCAAUGUUCUUAUUUAUUUUAUUUGUCUCUCUGUCAGUAUUUUGACCCAGGUCCAUGGUUUUUGUUGUUAUUGCCCGUUUUUCUUCUUCUUUUGACUUUUUGCACUUGGUUUGGAAGAGCCGUUUUAGGGAACAAAGAACCAAAAAUGUUGCCUUACGUGUGCAGAUGUUUCGUAUCAUACCAACAGGGUGUUUUUGUUUGUUUUGUCAUCGUUUUUUUUGUUUUUUUUUGGAUAAGGGUGGGUGGGUUUUGGGAUAUGAAGGGUCAGUCUUUGUAGAGGAGAAGUGCAUGGUUUGGAUAAAAGAGAAGAAAAAAAAUUCCUCCCAGUUGCCAUGGCAGCGCACAUUUCCCAAUACCAUGGCAACGGCAAUUGCUGUUAAAAAAAGAGAAUGGAUGCGUUCCUUUCGUUCCGUUUCACCCUCAUAGCUCCUUUUAUUUUGAAACACUACUGGAAUCGCAUAGUUCACUCAGGCGCCCGCAGAGCACACGCCCGUCCAGCCGCUCCCCACAGCCGGCGGAGGGCGGCGGCCUCCUCUGCUCCCAACGCUUCUGCUUCUCCUCCGUUUGCUCCCCACCGCUGUCGGGCGCAGAGGAAGGACGCGAUGCCGUCACGGCGCAGAAAAGCGUUCAGCCGGAGGUCACCGAACCGGACGCCGCGGGUUCAGGUGUGUGCGAGUCCUGCGCCGCCCACGCUGAGGCCAUGCCUCUGGAAAUCCAUCGUUUAAGUUCUACUGCGUCACUUUGUUUGCAAAAAUGCUUUUUUGAUAUAUUUUCUGUCAAAUUAAUCUUCCUUUAAAGAUGUUUGAAAUGCUGCUUUUUUUUAAUUUAUGUAUUUAUUCUCCAGAAAUGUUAAAGCGAACCCAGUCUACAAACACUGGAAUGAGCUGGAGGACUGACGGGGGGGGACAUGGUGUCCACAGUCAUGUCUUUCAGGAGUUUGGUCCUCCUUAACUUUUCCGGUUUAUGUUUUGAACAGACUCAGGAGCCCCAGUUUCCGUUCUGGUGCAGUAAAUCUUUGAGAUUGGGAAGUGAUCCUAAAGGAUGAAAGUGUAGAGGAGGUGUUAGGACCAGGAGGAAAGGGUCUCGUUGCUGUUUUUCGGUCUGCAUCUGCUCCAGAUCGCGGCUCGAUGCUGUCCUCGGGGGACGUGGGCUCUCGGGUUCGGCCAGAGGAGCCCUCUGAAGUGUGUAAAGUCUUGAAUACUGUGAAUUCACUGGGCUCCUCCACGUCAAACGAGACUCCUCCUGGUGGCGAGGAGCAGCCACUGAUCUGAUUUCUCUGAGGGCGCCGCCGGCGUCUGUCCAGACUCCUCGGAUCACGCCGUGCCGCUCCCAAAUAUUUAUGUGAUGAAGAUGAGCAUAUCAAUGGCUGGAGAGCUGCAGAAGCUGCAUGUUUUCGGGCUAAAUUACUUAUCCACACACAAACCGACAAAUACUUCUUUAAAUAGGAAAGAAAGUCUAGUUUAUCACACAGAUGCUAUCAGAAGAGGCUUCCAGCUCCUCAUACAGAGCUUUUGCCACAUCUAUCCUGUCAGUAUUACCAGAGAGUUUAUUUACUUGUUUUUCCAAGUGUGAAAACGUUUUGAGUUAUUAAUCGUGUCACAAGAAAACUGAGCCGAGAAGACGAAGAACUGCCGCGAAAAGUCACUUACUUGUCGAUGUACAUAUGCAAUGCUUCUUUUUUUUCCCUGUUUUUUUGUCCAUAGCGACGAGGCAGACCUGCUGAAGACAAUAAAGACCUGGAACCCACUCAGAACUGCAUUUAAGAGGAGAAGAAGUUGUAAAAAUACGAGGACUAGACCGUGAAGCUUUUUCUUUUCCCACCUGCUGACUCUUAACCGUACACGGAGGAUGCUUCCUGACCCCACCUUCCUCCCGUCAGCGUGGCCCACGAGAAUGAGGGGCUCCUGGAACCUCUGAGCGGGUUCUGUGGCCCUUCGCCCGGGACCAUGGCAGACUUUUUUUGUUUUAUAGUACAGGCCUCAUCAGGUUGUUCCACCAUUCCUCGAGGGCCCCCCCACCCCCCUAACUUUUAUACGUUUUUAUUUUAUUUAUGUUUCAUCAUUCUUGGCAGUGAUCUCUUGUAUAUUGUAAAACAAACAGAGGCACCUCUUGGAAGUUGCUGAAAAGAUGACGAUGGAUGCAUUAAAGUCUCUUAUUUUAUUUGUUUUUGGGAUCAUUUUGCUUGUUUGUUUUCUUACCAAAACGUUAGAGCAAGACCCCAGUAGUGGACUUGCAUUGCCGUGGUAGUAUUUAUUUUGAAUUAAAUUAAAAAGAAAAACAUUUCAGGGG